AUGGCUACUCGAACAGCGAUGCCGCCUACCUUGGGUCCGGCCGCACGCAUGAACCCCACGACGACAGAGCACGACUUCCGCUUUCCUCGCCGGCCAACUGCUCGCGACAAACAGCAGAACCUGAGUGGAGGGCGCUGCUAUCCGGCCGCUGCCAUGCCCUCCCGCCGCCCCAACCCUAACCUGGCCGUGGAAAACGAGGCUGCCAGCAACGAAUUACUUGGCCCCUCCCUCUUCCCUCUCCUCAAGGACGCCAAUUCCGGCUCCGACCAGACGAUAGCGCAGAUGCAGCAGGACGACCCUCUGGCUACUCAGAUCUGGAAAUUCUUCAGUCGCACCAAGCAGGAGCUCCCGCACCAAGAGCGCAUGGAGAACAUGACCUGGCGGAUGAUGGCCGUCCAGCUGCGCAAACAGAGGCAGGAGGAGCUGCAGAAAAAGCUUGUGACUGGUCGGCACACGAUGCAACAGAAUACCCCAAGCGGCAUUGCCCAGUUGCGCUUCUCCGAGGCCGUGGCCAAUAGCCAUGAGAGCACGGAUCCAAUGAACAUUGACGACUUCAUCUUCUCUGAGAAUGCCGCAACCCCUGCCGGCAUCUCAUUUUCUCCCUCACCACAGUUAAAGCACUCAGAUACCCAUCCACCACUAAAUGCCCACACAGCAAAUGGCAUUCUCAUCAAAUCGCGCAAGGACAGGAUCCAGCAGCAACACCUCCAGAACCAGUUUGUCCCACAGUCUGUGCCUGAGCCUACGCAACAUCCUACCAGCGAGUUCAAUUAUGUCAACCGCCAUGUUCGCAAGACGAGUAUAGAUGAUCGCCGGACGCGGAAGCGCCCAGCCAACUUCUCCCCGCAUGUUCCUGCGGUUAACAGCGGCACAAACGCUGCGCAACAUGAUCUUGAACCUGACUCCGAACUCCAUGACUACUCCCUUGACACCUCCGCCCACAUCGACAUGUCUGGCCAACCCCCUGUCCAAAGUUUCAAUUUCGACACUUUCAUGGAGAAUGAGCCUAUCAUGACAUCGGCUGGCCCCUACCAGCAGAACUUCUCCUUCUCCCCCGGCACAUCCCCUAUGGUCUCAACUGGUCCUUUCUCCAACAUGUUCAACAAUGCAGGCAUCGCUGCCGGCUCAAUGAAUGCCAACGAGAUCUACUCGCCCACUGGCUCCGCCUACCAGUCCGCAGUGACGACACCUCAUCCUAUUACCGACAGUGACAACUUCUACUUCCCUCCCCAGGACAUGCGACAACAUGCAGCACAACACCUGCAAGGAGCCGCCAACAUCAAUGGUCAAGUGAACCAGCAACUCAUGUAUGAUCGCUCUCAGGGCAACGGGAGCACCGCAAUGUUCCCCUCGCCAAAUUCCGGUCAGGACUCGGGCACGUACAAUGGUACUGCUCCUUCUACCUUCGGGCACAUUGAUCCCACUCAGGUCUUCCAGUCUGAGCAAUCACUCACCUCUAACGGAGUGCCCAUGUCAAAUGAGAACAACAUGUUCAACUUCGGCGGUGAAUCCGACGAUGAAGACAACGCAUUUUCUGACCGAACUAUGGGUGUCUCCGGCGAGUACCCGUCCAACGGCGAUGACGCUAGCACUAUGGGCUGGGAUGCUUCUUUACCCGGUCAAUUCAGCACUCAAGCUGCUCGAUUCCCGGGCGGGCCUAUCCGGAAGCAGGUUUCAAUGGGAAACACGCCUAGCGAGUACGAUGAAAACAACGGAAACUGGGAAAAUGGCAGUCUGGGGCGAUCACAGUCGUUCCGACAAAGGCAGCCCAAGCUCUCCCGCACGGCCUCAACGUCCUCGCAUAUGGCAAGCAAUUCCAACGGUCUCGAUCACCUCGCCAUGACAAUGCCAACCUCGCCAGAGAAUGUGCACGGUUCCAUGUCAGGUUUCUCGUCAGUCGCCCCUAGCAGACCUUCCUCGCCACCGAUGUCCAAAUCGGGUUCUUCUACCAAUCUUCAAGGUGGUUCUGGUGGCCAAAACGAUGGAAAUGGCCCUACCACGUGUACGAACUGUUUCACUCAAACAACACCCUUGUGGAGACGUAAUCCUGAAGGUCAGCCGUUAUGUAAUGCGUGUGGCUUGUUCUUGAAGCUCCAUGGUGUUGUGAGACCGUUGAGUUUGAAGACCGAUGUCAUUAAGAAGAGAAAUAGAGGCUCUGGAGCCAAUCUCCCCGUUGGAUCAUCGAGCACACGGCCCAAGAAGGGCGGAAAUUCUAAUGUGGGAUCUCGCAAGAAUUCCUCCUUGUCACUCUCAACCUCGAUCGCUACCGCCAAUAUCAACGGCCCUAGCAACAACAAGGGUGCAAUGAGCUCUGCCAGCACCACCAACGUCAAUACAAGCCCUCUUGCGCCGAAAUCAGCCAGCGGGAACGAAGGCGAGAGCCCAGCCAGUGGUGGUGGAACUUCUGGGGUGAACACAGCCGGUAGCACGCCCAACAGUCAUUAUGGAAGCACGGGCUCUUCGACUGCUGCUAUGGGCGGCAAGGGUGUCGUUCCAAUCGCCGCCGCUCCACCCAAAUCAACCCCAGGCCCUGGUGCUUCUUCCAUAUCAAGAAACACGACCGCGUCAUCAAAACGGCAGAGGAGGCAUAGCAAGAGUGGUGGUGGUGACAGCCGUGCAUCUAUGGACAUUGAUAGUCCUGAAUCAACAGGCUCCAACGAGGCUGCUCGAGCCCUGGGGACCAGCAUGCCUAUCCUCCCCGGUGGCAUGAUGCCAGGAAGCUUCCACAUGGCACAACGCCCAAUGAUGAACAGUUCCAGUAUGGUCCAGCUUGGCGGAGCUCAACAGAAGCCGCCAAUGAAUGGACCUGUAGGCUCUGCCGGUCCCCAGGAGUGGGAGUGGCUGACAAUGAGUCUGUGA